CUCUCUAAUGUUUAAAACAAAACCAAACAAAUCGAAUCGAAUCAUCAAUCCUCACCGCCUUUCCGCCGCUCUUCCACUGCUCCUCCCCUCCUUCCCCACCCGCCGGUUCCCUUCUCUCCCGCUCUCCUCCCUACACAGACGGACACCAGAGAGAGAGUCUCUCUCUCUCUCUCUCUCUCUCUCUCUCUCUAUAUAUAUAUAUAUAUAUAAUUGAUGAUUACAUUUAUAAUCACCUUCUUUUUCCAAAUCUCGAUGUAACCCUCUCUCAUCAUUGAAACCCAAAUCUUCUCUCUCUAAAGGUUUUUAGUUCAGGUUCUCUGAUCCGACGGCCACAAUCUUCCUCUCGUCGUCCAAUCGCACGGCCGGCCCGCCCUCUUCUGCCUGCCCAGUAAUUAGAGUUCACUGUCGAUUGUCUGCCGUGGAAAAAGGCCAUCAAUUGAACACUAGGUUUAUGGAGCGAAAUGGCUAUUGGAGAACUCAAAGAAGAGAUCACUAUAUUCUGGAAAAUGGUGAUGUGAUUCCAUGUGUGGUUGAUGAUGAGCUGGAUCCUUGGACAGCAUGGGCAUACAGACCUCGUACAAUUUCAUUGUUACUUGUUGGCGCGUGCUUUCUUAUUUGGGCAAGUGGAGCUCUUGAUCCAGAAAACAGUUCAUCCAGUGAUAUUGUUACCUCUGUGAAAAGGGGCGCAUGGGCAAUGAUUGCAGUUUUUCUUGCUUACAGCUUGCUGCAAGCCCCAUCAACGGUACUUAUUAGGCCGCAUCCUGCAAUCUGGAGAUUAGUUCAUGGAAUGGCUGUUAUUUACCUUGUUGCUCUCACAUUUCUUCUUUUCCAGAACCGUGAUGAGGCCCGUCAAUUUAUGAAAUUUCUUCAUCCUGAUCUUGGAGUUGAACUUCCUGAAAGAUCCUAUGGUGCUGAUUGCAGAAUUUAUGUCCCUGAAAAUCCUACAAACAGGUUUAAGAACGUUUAUGAUACCUUAUUUGAUGAAUUUGUGCUGGCUCAUAUCUUUGGAUGGUGGGGCAAGGCUAUAAUGAUUCGCAAUCAGCCUUUAUUAUGGGUUCUGUCUAUUGGAUUUGAGCUAAUGGAACUUACCUUCCGCCAUAUGUUGCCAAACUUCAACGAGUGCUGGUGGGAUAGCAUCAUUCUCGAUAUAUUGAUCUGCAAUUGGUUUGGUAUCUGGGCAGGAAUGCAUACUGUUCGGUACUUUGAUGGAAAAACAUAUGAGUGGGUUGGUAUAAGCCGGCAGCCAAAUAUUAUGGGCAAGGUCAAGAGAACUCUAAGUCAAUUUACACCAGCACAGUGGGACAAAGAUGAGUGGCGGCCCCUCCUUGGUCCAUGGCGUUUUAUACAAGUUCUGACUUUAUGCAUUGUUUUCUUGACAGUGGAGCUUAACACAUUCUUUCUCAAGUUUUGUCUAUGGAUUCCUCCUCGAAACCCACUAAUUGUGUACAGGUUGAUUUUAUGGUGGCUUAUUGCAAUACCAACGAUCCGUGAGUACAAUUCUUACUUGCAAGACAGAAAACCAGUCAAGAAGGUUGGCGCAUUUUGUUGGCUCUCUCUUGCUAUCUGCAUCGUGGAACUCCUCAUUUGUAUUAAAUUUGGACAUGGAUUAUUCCCAAAAGCGAUGCCAAUGUGGUUGGUAAUUUUGUGGAUAUGCGCUGCCCUGGCCCUAGCGAUAAUCUUGACUAUGUGGUCAUGGCAACAUCAUCGGACUCAUCAGAGGAAACAGCAAUGAUUUUGAUUAUGUUAUAGCUUUGUGAUUCUUUCAUUCCUUUGUUGGCCGAAAGGGCAGCUAUUAUUCAACCUUUUGUAAAUACUUCAAUUUGUCUUUCCUGCUUCCGUCUUUGCUAAGAUGUAAAUGCUUAUUUCUUAGUUUUAUUGAAAUUAUUUCAAAGGUAAGAGUUGGAAAUUAA